UCUGUAAAAAUUAAUCUGUGAAAAGUAAUUUUAUCUGUAUCUGUAUGUGCAUUACAUAAUAACUUCCUAAUAUAGAAUAUAAACCUUACAGAUAAGAUUCUUGCAAAAGUUUUCCAAAUUUUUAUAGGGUUGUUUGAAACUUUGAUGAGUACAAAACUGGUUACUUUAUUCUCCAUAUUCUGUAAGUUCAAUGUUUUACAACCCCUUGUAUUUCAAAAGCACAUUUCAAAACACAUGUUAAUAUAUAAAGGAAGAAGCAAAGGAAGAAAAACCCUGGGGUUUAGGCUUAUGGGUACAGUAUAUAUUGAAUAAGAUUACAUUUAAUAUACAGAGUUUUUUUUUUUUUUUUUUUGAGGCGGAGUCUUGUUCUGUUGCCCAGGCUGGAGUGCAAUGGCGCGAUCUCGGCCCACUGUAAGCCCCACCUCCUGGGUUCACGCCGUUCUCCUGCCUCAGCCUCCCGAGUAGCUGGGACUACAGGAGCCCGUCACCAUGCCCGGCCAAUUUUUUGUAUUUUUAGGGGUUUCACCCUGUUAGCCAGGAUGGUCUUGAUCUCCUGACCUCGUGAUUCGCCCGCCUUGGCCUCCCAAAGUGCUGGGAUUACAGGUGUGAGCCACUGUGCCCGGCCCAUAUACAGAGUUUUUAUUCAGCAACAUAUCUGGGUAUGAACAUCUGCAUUUUACAUCUCAAGUUUUUUCAAAUAGAGAAAAAGUUAAAUAGAGAAAGUUCUUGUAAGAAAUAAAAAGUGGUGUUAAUUCCACCAAAAAUUCUGUUAAUCCCAACUGGAGACAAACUCGGUCUCAGUCUUUCUCUCUCUCCUCCUCUUUCUCCUCUCUUUCUCUCUCUCUCUCUGUCUCUCUUUCUCUCUCUCUCUCUGUCUCUCUUUCUCUUUCUCUGUCUCUCUGUCUCUGUUUCUGUCUCUCUGUCUCUGUUUCUGUCUCUCUGUCUGUCUCUGUCUCUGUCUGUCUCUCUGUCUCUGUCUCUCUCUGUCUCUCUCUGUCUCUGUCUGUCUCUGUCUCUGUCUGUCUCUGUCUCUCUCUCUGUCUCUCUCUGUCUCUCUCUCUCUCUGUGUCUCUGUCUCUCUCCGUCUCUCUUGGCUAAGCAGUUUCUCAAUUACACAGAAGAAGCUAACCAAAGCCAUAAUGAUCAAUCCAGGGAGAAUGUUUUGUUAAUAAGGCCUAGCUCUGGCACAGCAUCUCUCAUGAGCAGAGCUGUAACUCUUGAGAAUUCAAAGGUGAGUAAAAUAACAAAAGACAAGAGCAGCUUCCAUGGUGAAGUAGCAACUAAUAUUCACAGAACACACUUUCUAGAGCAAGACUUUCCCGAAUCUGGCUUAUCAAAAAUUCGUAUUCCCAGAGCCCAGUCUCAGAUCUAGUCAAUCAGACUUUCCAGAAGCAGAGCCCAAGAAUUUGCAUUUUAUAAAUAUUCCUAGGUAGCACAGUAAGAUGGAAUAGCAUAAGAUGAAGCCAGGAGGUAGCUAAGGGAGGUCCCUGUAGGUCAUAAAUAAGAGCUACAGUAUCACCCUAGGGUAAAGCAUCUCCAAGUGUAACAAGAUUGGACUUGGUUUUUAAAAAUCAGGGUCAGGUGCAAUGGCUCACACCUGUAUUCCUAGCACUUUGGGGGGCCCAGGUGGGAGGAUUACUUGAGUCCAGGAGUUCAAGGCUGCAGUGAGCUAUGAUUGCUCCAUUGCACUCCAGCCUGGGUGACAGAGAGAAAUCUUGUCUUUUAAAAAGAAAAAAAAAAUCACUCUUUUGUGGAGAAGGAAUUAAAGGGAGCAGAGUGGACCCAUGGAGACUAAUUAGGGGACUACCGCUUGAGACCAAGCUCAACACUAAGGUGGCUUAGACCAGAGUGAUGGCAACAGAAAGAGAAAAAAGGGCAACAGAUUGGCUAUGGAUGGUGGAUAAAGGGCACAAGAUGUGGAGUCAGCCUUCAUGGGUUGGAAUUCCAUCUUCUACAACUUACAAAACAACUGACUCUGGGCAAAUUACCCUAAGUCUCAGUUUUCACAUCAGAAAAUGGAAGUCAGAUUAACUGAGUUAUUUAAGUCAAGACCAAUUAAUUGAAGUGAUCAUGUUAAGUACUUAGCACAGUGCUUGACCCUCAGUCAGUACUGAAUGUCACGGCAUGAAGAAACAAGAAAUAAAAAGCCCCUAUUUUCUAUGACUCGCUCCUCUACUCCAGCCAACUAAACUGGAAAAAACCAAAUAGACUCACUUAGAUUCAUUAAUCUGCAUUCACCAUGGGAUCUAACUGCCCCAUCUUCCAUCUUACCCUGAGGAGAACAUCAUCCACCAUUAGUUCUUUACAGCUUAUCUCCAAAAUGAGUCUGAAAUUCCCAUUCUAUCAAGAUUCCAUUUUAAAGAACAGACUCUAUAACAACUGUCAAGUGAAAUGGUACAAUAAUGAUACUAGAUUGCUGUUCACUUAUUUGGGGGCAAGUUCCUAAAUAAAUUCAAAACAGCCUAUAAGAAAAGUGAAUGUUUUAUUACUAAAUAGUAAAUCAGGCACUCUACUCUUCACUAUAUACUAUUUUUUAAAUUUUAUUUUAUUUUUUCGAGACAAAGUCUCAGCUCACUGCAAUAUCUGCCUCCUGGGUUCAAGCGAUUCUCCCAUCUCAGUCUCUCGAGUAGCUGGGACUAGAGUUGCACGCCACCAUGCCCAGCUAAUUUUUUGUAUUUUUAGUAGAGACGGGGUUUCACCAUGCUGGCCAGCCUGGUCUUGAACUCCUGACCUCAAGUGAUCUGCCCGCCUUAGCCUCCCAAAGUGCCGGGAUUACAGGUGUGAGCCACUGUGCCUGGCCAUACUAUUUUUUUUUUUUUUUUUUUUGAGACAGAGUCUUGCUCUGUGGCCCAGGCUGGAGUGCAGUGGCACGAUCUCAGCUCACUGCAACCACCGCCUCCUGGGUUCAAGCAAUUCUCCUGCCUCAGCCUCCCGAGUAACUGGGACUACAGGCACAUACCACCAAGCUCAGCUAAUUUUUUGUAUUUUUUUUUUUUUUUUUUUUUUUUUAGUACAGACGGGGUUUUACCAUGUUAACCAGGAUGGUCUCGAUCUCCUGACCUCGUGAUCUGCCCGCCUUGGCCUCCCAAAGUGCUGGGAUUACAGGUGUGAUCCAAUGUGCCCAGCCAUACUAUUUUUUUAAAUCAUUUUGAACGUGGCAUAUGUAGAUCCUAUCCUUCAGUUACACAAUUUACACCUGGGAAGAAGAGUGAUCAUAUGUAUCAACAGAUGUCACCCUCAAAGAUCAGCUAAUUGAUACAUGCAGCUCAAAACCUGUCUCCUGAGCAGCCCUGUCUGCAGGGUAUCGUGUCAAAUGUUCUAGCAUUCUAAUGCUCGUAACACAAGAUUUCUGCCUCAACCCUUGGCCUGGCUUUGGCUGCCAUCUAUUUUGAAUAUGAAAAUUGCCUCAUUGUCCCAGCACCCUCACUCAUACCUGUGAUUCCAGCACUUUGGGAGGCUGAGGCAGGAGGAUCACUUGAGGCCAAGAGUUCAAGACCAGCCUGUGCAACAUAGCCAGAACCUGUCUCUACAAAAAACAUAAAAAUUAGCAGAGUGUGGUGGUAUGUGCCUGUGCUCCUCGCUAUUCGACAGUCUGAAGCUGCAGUGUCAUAUAAUUGCACCAUUGUACUCCAGCCUGGGUCACAGAGCAAGACUCUGUCUCAAAAAAAAAAAAAAAAAGAAAGAAAAAGAAAAAUUGCCUCAUUGUAGUAAAAACAUUAGGUGCAUUUCAAAUACACAAUACUAAAGAAAAAGUUUUUCCCCUAUAAAUAUAUACAUAUAUAUACUACUAUGUACCCAUGAAAAUUAAAAAAUAAAGGGCAGUGGCAGCGGAGAUGGAGGAAGGAGGAUGGGACAAGACGCUGGCGCAGUCCCGGCGGCCCCCAGCGGCGGCCCCCAGCGGCAGCCCCCAGCGGCACGGCGAGAAGCCGAGCGGCAAGGAGCGGUGGGAUGCCGGGCACAAGGACAAAGAACAGGAGCUGUCUGAGGAAGAUGAACAGCUUCAAGAUGAACUGGAGACGCUCAUGGAACGACUCAGGGAGAAGUACACAACCCUGUAUUGAUCAGCGCUGGAGGAAUUGCGAAGGCAGAUUUGUUCUUCUACAACUUCCAUGACUUCAGUGCCCAAGCCUCUCAAAUUUCUGCGUCCACACUAUGGCCAGCUGAAGGAAAUCUAUGAGAACAUGGCCUCUGGGGAGAAUAAGCGUUUUGCUGCUGACAUCGUCUCUGUUUUGGCCACGACCAUGAGUGGGGAGUGCGAGUGCCUCAAGUAUCGGCUAGUAGGCUCCCAGAAGGAAUUGGUAUCUUGGGGUCAUGAGUAUGUCUGGCAUCUGGCAGGAGAAGUGGCUAAGGAGUGGCAAGAGCUGGAUGAUGUGGAGAAGGUCCAGCAGGAGCCACUGCUCACUCUGGUGAAGGAAAUCGUCCCCUACAACAUGGCCCACAACACAGAGCAUGAGGCCUGUGACCUGCUUAUGGAAAGUGAGCAGGUGGACCUGCUGGAGAAGGACAUUGAUGAGAAUGCAUACACAAAGGGCUGCCUUUAUCUCACCAGUUGUGUGAAUUAUGUGUCUGAGCCUGAGAACUCAGCCGUACCGCAUUGUGCCCUGGGUGUGUUCUGAAAGUUUAGUCGCUUCCCUGAAGCUCUGUGAUUGGCAUUGAUGCUCAAUGACAUGGAGCUGGUAAAAGACAUCUUCCCAUCCUGCAAGGAUGUGGUAGUACAGAAACAGAUGGCAUUCAUGCUAGGCUGGCAUGGGGUGUUCCUGGAGCUGAGUGAAGAUGUCGAGGAGUAUGAGCACCUGACAGAGAUCAUGUCCAAUGUACAGCUCAACAGCAGCUUCUUGGCCUUAGCUCGGGAGCUGGACAUCAUGGGGCCCAAGGUGCCUGAUGACAUCCACAAAACCCACCUAGAGAACAACAGGUUUGUGAGCAGUGGCUCUCAGGUGGACUCUGCCCGCAUGAACCUGGCCUCCUCUUUUGUGAAUGGCUUUGUGAAUGCAGCUUUUGGCCAAGACAAGCUGCUAACAGAUGAUGGCAACAAAUGGCUUUACAAGAACAAGGACCAUGGAAUGUUGAGUGCAGCUGCAUCUCUUGGGAUGCUGCUGCUGUGGGAUGUGGAUGGUGGCCUCAUUCAGAUUGACAAGUACCUGUACUCCUCUGAGGACUACAUUAAGUCAGGAGUUCUUGCCUGUGGCAUAGUGAACUCUGGAGUCUGGAAUGAGUGUGUCCCUGCUCUGGGACUGCUUUCAGACUAUGUUCUCCACAACAGCAACACCAUGAGACUUGGUUCCAUCUUUGGGCUAGGCUUGGCCUAUGCUGGCUCAAAUCGUGAAGAUGUCCUAACACUGCUGCUGCCUGUGAUGGGAGAUUCAAAGUCCAGCAUGGAGGUGGCAGGUGUGACAGCUCUAGCCUGUGGAAUGAUAGCAGUGGGGUCCUGCAAUGGAGAUGUAACUUCCACUAUCCUUCAGACCAUCAUGGAGAAUACUGAGCUCAAGGACACUUAUGCUCGUUGGCUUCCUAUUGGACUGGGUCUCAAUCACCUGGGGAAGGGUGAGGCCAUUGAGGCAAUCCUGGCUGCACUGGAGGUUGCAUCAGAGCCAUUCCGCAGUUUUGCCAACACACUGGUAGAUGUGUGUGCAUAUGCAGGCUCUGAGAACGUGCUGAAGGUGCAGCAGCUGCUCCACAUUUGUAGUGAACACUUUGACUCCAAAGAGAAGGAGGAAGACAAAGAUAAGAGAAAGAAGGACAAGGACAAGAAGGAAACCCCUGCUGACAUGGGAGCACAUCAGGGAGUGGCUGUUCUGGGGAUUGCCCAUAUUGCUAUGGGGGAGAUUGGUGCAGAGAUGGCACUACGAACCUUUGGCCACUUGCUGAGAUAUGGGGAGCCUACUCCUUUAGCACUGGCCCUCAUCUCUGUUUCAAAUCUAUGACUCAAUAUCCUGGAUACCCUAAGCAAAUUAUCUCAUGAUGCUGAUCCAGAAGUUUCCUAUAACUCCAUUUUUGCCAUGGGCAUGGUGGGCAGUGGUACCAAUAAUGCCCAUCUGGCUGCAACGUUGAGCCAAUUAGCUCAAUAUCAUGCCAAGGACCCCAACAACCUCUUCAUGGUGCACUUGGCACAGGGCCUGACACAUUUAGGGAAGGGUACACUUACCCUCUGCCCCUACCACAGUGACCGGCAGCUUAUGAGUCCAGUGGCCGUCGCUGGGCUGCUCACUGUGCCUGUCUCUUUCCUGGAUGUUCGAAACAUUAUUCUAGGCAAAUCACACUAUGUAUUAUAUGGGCUGGUGGCUGCCAUGCAGCCCCGAAUGCUGGUUACGUUUGAUGAGGAGCUGCGGCCAUUGCCAGUGUCUGUCCGUGUGGGCCAGGCAGUGGAUGUGGUGAGCCAGGCUGGCAAGCCUAAGACCAUCACAGGGUUCCAGACACAUACAACCCCAGUGUUGUUGGCCGACAGGGAACAGGCAGAAUUGGCCACUUAGGAGUUUCUUCCUGUUACCCCCAUUCUGGAAGGUUUUGUUAUCCUUCGGAAGAACCCCAAUUAUGAUCUCUAAGUGACCACCAGGGGCUCUGAACUGCAGCUGAUGUAUCAGUGGGCCAUGCAUCCUGCUGCCAAGGAUGGACACGGCUGCAGACUUCUGGGGGAAUUGUUGCCUCCUGCUCUUUUGUUACUGAGUGAGGUAAGGUUGUUCAAUAAAGACCCUUAUCCCC